AUGUCCUUCCGGAGGAGGCUGAAGAACAAGAAGCCCCCUGAGGGAUGGGAACUCAUAGAGGACGUGAUCGAGGACUUUGAGCAACAGAUGACAGAGGCAGUGAACGAGGAACAUGAGGGCAAGCGGAAGGCAGAACUGACAUACAAGAUACACCGCAUUCACUGGGAGAAGAACCGCUUCAUAUAUGACCUCAUGUACCAGAGGAAGGUUAUGUCCAGGGAGCUGUUCGACUAUCUCUGCAGAGAGAAAAUCGCCGACGGCCCACUGAUAGCAAAGUGGCGCAAGCCUGGCUAUGAGAUCCUGUGCUCCAUGCUGGCAAUCCAGAAGGGCAACCACAACUUCGGCACCACGUCCCACUGCCGCGUGCCUCUCCACCUGCGGGCACCCCAGCAGCGCAUAACUCCAGAUGUGCAGACGGGCUGCAUAUCCUGCGCCUCUGGCGACGGCCGCUUUGGUGGGCCAAUCUGGUGGAACACCCCUCUGGAGGAGGAGGGCGGCGAGGCGGAGGACAACCGGGCUACUUGGGCACAGCCUGGGUCAAAGAGGCGGGGCCCCACAGGCGAGGGCGGGGAGCUGCCAGCAAAGCAGCCGCGGCACAGGGAAGGGGAUGGGGCCGGGCGGCGGCGGGAAGGAGGCGAGGGGAGGGAGGCUGGGCGCGACGGGGAGGACGAGGAGAUACCUGCAGAGGUGAGGGAGCGGCUGGCGGCCCUGAAGGGGUCGAUGGCCAAGACCGUGGACUGA